AUGGGGGUCUGUGGGUACCUGUUCCUGCCCUGGAAGUGCCUCGUGGUCGUGUCUCUCAGGCUGCUGUUCCUUGUACCCACAGGAGUGCCGGUGCGCAGUGGAGAUGCCACCUUCCCCAAAGCUAUGGACAACGUGACGGUCCGGCAGGGGGAGAGCGCCACCCUCAGGUGUACCAUAGAUGAUAGGGUCACCCGGGUGGCCUGGCUGAACCGCAGCACCAUCCUCUAUGCUGGGAAUGACAAGUGGUCCAUAGACCCGCGUGUCAUCAUCCUGGUCAACACACCAACCCAGUACAGCAUCAUGAUCCAGAACGUGGAUGUGUACGACGAAGGCCCCUACACCUGCUCUGUGCAGACAGACAAUCAUCCCAAAACCUCCCGGGUCCACCUCAUCGUGCAAGUUCCUCCCCAGAUCAUGAAUAUCUCCUCAGACAUCACCGUGAAUGAGGGAAGCAGUGUGACCCUGUUGUGUCUUGCGAUUGGCCGACCAGAGCCAACUGUGACGUGGAGACAUCUAUCAGUCAAGGAAGGCCAGGGAUUCGUGAGUGAGGACGAAUACCUGGAAAUCUCGGACAUCAAGCGGGACCAGUCUGGGGAGUAUGAGUGCAGUGCUUUGAACGAUGUUGCUGCGCCAGAUGUGCGGAAAGUGAAAAUCACCGUGAACUACCCUCCCUAUAUCUCCAAAGCCAAGAACACUGGGGUCUCAGUUGGUCAGAAGGGCAUCCUGAGCUGUGAAGCCUCUGCAGUCCCCAUGGCCGAGUUCCAGUGGUUCAAGGAAGAUACCAGGUUAGCUACUGGCCUGGACGGGGUGAGGAUUGAGAACAAGGGCCGCAUAUCCACGUUGACCUUCUUCAACGUCUCAGAGAAAGAUUACGGGAACUACACUUGUGUGGCCACAAACAAGCUUGGAAACACCAAUGCCAGCAUCACAUUGUAUGAAAUAAGCCCCUCAUCCGCAGUGGCAGGGCCUGGAGCAGUCAUUGAUGGUGUAAACUCGGCCUCUAGAGCGCUGGCUUGUCUCUGGCUCUCAGGGACUCUCUUUGCCCACUUCUUCAUCAAGUUUUGA